AUGGAAAUUGUGAGACAAAUACAAAGUUUUGGCAUCUGUGUUACCUGUACAUACCCUGUAGCAUCUGGUGUGGUGUUUGCCACUCUUCUAGUUUCUUGCUGCUCAUCUCUGAACAUAAGAGCUCGUCCACUUGUUUCUAAUUCACCUUUUCUUUCUAUCUGGAAUGCUCCUACAGAACUUUGUACUAAAAAGACUGGAGCGCAGCUGGACAUGAAAUUUUUUUCUCUGAUUGGAAGUACACUAAAGACAUCCAUUGGGCAAAACGUCACUCUCUUCUAUCCAGACAGGCUUGGAUACUACCCUCACAAAAAUGAAGUCACAGGAGAGGCAUUUAAUGGAGGACUCCCUCAACUCUCACUGCUGGAGAACCAUUUAAAAAAAGCGAAAGAGGACAUCCAGUUCUACAUUCCUUCAGAUGAACAGCUUGGAUUGGCUGUCAUUGACUGGGAAAACUGGAGACCUCUGUGGAUAAGGAACUGGGGAUCAAAAGAUAUUUAUAGACAGGAAUCCAUUGAGUUAGUUCAGCAGAGAGACCUCAGUCUAUCCGAAGCCGAAGCCAGAACUAAAGCUAAAAUGGAAUUUGAAUCUGCAGCAAAAUCCUUUAUGCUGGAAACUUUGAAGCUGGGCAUAGAAACGAAACCAAAUCGUCUGUGGGGAUAUUACCUUUUUCCAGACUGUUAUAACUAUGAUUACAAAAAAAACCCCCACAAUUAUACAGGAGCCUGUUUAGAUAUUGAAAUAGAAAGAAAUAAUGAGCUUAAAUGGUUGUGGGAGAAAAGCACAGCACUUUAUCCAUCUAUCUAUCUAGAGACAGCCUUAAAAUCUUCCAGAAAUGCUCAACUCUUUGUUCGCAACAGAGUUCAGGAAGCCAUUAGAAAUUCCUAUGUCUCUAACUCUAGACAUCCCCUUCCAGUUUUUGUAUAUACACGUCCAGUAUUCACAGAUGUCUCUGAGGAAUAUCUCUCUGAGGAAGACCUGGUAAAUACCAUUGGAGAAUCUGCUGCACUGGGUGUUUCUGGAAUUGUGAUUUGGGGUGGUAUGAAUUUAACAAAAAAUAAGAACACCUGUAGAACUCUGGACAACUACCUCAGGAGGACUUUGACCCCAUACCUCAUCAACGUCACAAUGGCAGCCAGAAUAUGUAGCCAAGUGCUAUGCCAAGACUCUGGUGCUUGUGCACGGAAAAAAUGGAAUUCCAGUGACUAUCUUCACUUGAACCCUAAGAAUAUUGCAAUUCGAAUGACAAAGGAUGGAAAAUACACUUUACAAGGGCAACCAUCAUAUCGGGAUCUGCAAACAUUCAUAGAAAAAUUUGAUUGCCAUUGUUAUGCAGGGCACAGCUGUGAACCUAGUGCUGAUAUAAAUGACAUCCAUUACCUCCAUGCUUGCAUUUCAGAAGAUAUUUGCAUUCAGAUAUCCUUAAAUUCUGAGAGUAAGGUGACAUUAUCUACACAUCCUGAAGUAGAAGAUUUCCAAACUACCUUUGGAAAUAAUAUACUUAAUAUAACAACUGGAGAAUAUAAUAACACUGUUACAGCUGCUAGUAGCUAUGAUUUAGAAGAAAAUGAUACUCGUAUUUUCAGUAGUUCUUCAUCCUAUAAGAUAAGGAUGUUUAGUCUGUUUCACUUAAUUCUCCUUUUGAGAACCUUAAUACAAAUGAUCCAUGAAAGCGAGAAUAUCCUUUUCCUUGACUAUAUUUGA